GUGGCUCCCGAAGCCAACCUCUUUUAGCUGAGCUCCCCGCUGAUGCUGACAGGGUGCUGAGCUGGGACGCCAGGAAGCAGCCACCUGCCGAGGCCAGUGACCCACAGCUCGCCACGCACUUCUCUUCAAACGCCAAUCCCCGAUUCCUAUUCCAAUUACAAAAAUUGUUUGGCGCUCUCUGCUUCACGCAACGAAUCAGAAUCUCCUAUUCUUGCCCAACAUUAGUUGAUGCCUUGGAAAAGGCCCCCUGAACCUCUUUUACCCAAAUUGUAUUUCGCGACCGCAAAAGACAUUCAGGUCAAUUACUGGAGCCGUUAUUUAUCCAGAAGUUUCCUUUUCAUCUUCCAUGGAGUUGCCCUGGGGAGACGAAGUCGGCCUAACCCUUUUCUCUUCAAUAAAAAUCGAGACUUUACGGAGUAUAUCCUCUUCCUGACAACGAAUUCUCGCCUGUUUCUUUGAGAGCGAGGGUAGGAAUGAAUUGAGGGGGAGAGAGAGAGAGAGACAGAGGUUACGAAACUGGAGGUGGGUAUUAUGGUCGGAUCAAGACCAGGCGUGCCUUCGUCGUCUUCAUGGUUAGGCGCUGCGACGACAAGAGUUGAUUUUGAGGGUAAGGUGUCCUCUGUUUCGGACACGAUGGUCGGAGAAGGCAAAGAAAACUUGUCGGAGAAGAAAGGCGCUUCGAACGGGGAGUUGAAUUUUGGAGAGAGGGCUUUCUCUGCGGCUGGCGCUGCCGUCAUCUCCGCAAUCAUCGUCAACCCUCUCGAUGUCGCCAAGACAAGGUUGCAAGCUCAGGCUGCUGAAGUCCCUUCUAAGGGGCUGUGUCACAUGUCCUCAUUUGAUUCUAAUGCGAUGCUUCCAGACUUAAGAAGUUAUACGUCAUGCACACGUUCCGUAUUUGACAAUGUACCAGUGUGUCCUCCCGAAUGUGGCCGGUAUAAAGGGACUCUGGAUGUCUUCUACAAAGUUAUACGCCAGGAGGGAUUUGCAAGGCUGUGGAGAGGCACAAACGCAAGCUUGGCUUUGGCGGUUCCAACUGUGGGGAUCUAUUUGCCGUGCUAUGAUAUCUUGCGCAAUGCGAUGGAAGGUUAUACAACAGAAAACAUGCCAGGCUUGACACCAUACAUUCCAUUGCUUGCAGGCUCAGUUGCUAGAUCAUUAGCCUGUAUUUCUUGUUAUCCUGUGGAAUUGGCAAGAACGCGGAUGCAGGCAUUCAAAGAAAUGAAAAAUGGUCCAAAACCUCCAGGAGUUUGGAAGACAUUGCUUCAGGUCAUUAACCCUGUCGGAAGCACAAACAGCCUUCAAAAUUUACACACCUACCGCAUUCUGUGGACUGGUCUUGGAGCACAACUCGCACGUGAUGUUCCUUUUUCUGCAAUCUGCUGGUCAACUCUUGAGCCGAUCAGGCAGAAAUUUUUUGAUUUGGUUGGAGAGGAAUCCACUGCAGCCAUUGUCCUUGGAGCAAAUUUUUCUGCUGGUUUUGUGGCCGGAACAAUUGCAGCUGCUGCAACUUGUCCGCUGAAUGUGGCAAAGACAAGGCGACAGAUUGAGAAGGAUCCAACAAGGGCAUUAAACAUGACAACAAGACAGACUUUAGCUGAAAUAUGGAGGGAUGGUGGAAUGAAAGGACUGUUUGCCGGAGUGGGACCUCGAGUUGGUCGCGCUGGUCCAUCGGUUGGAAUAGUUGUGUCGUUCUAUGAGGUCGUCAAGUAUUGUUUACAUCACAGACACAUUAAAGAUGGUGUAAGGGGAUAGGUACUCCUGCGGGUCCUUUUAUCGUUCAUGCAGAGACUAGUCUUGUUCAACCUCGGCCACUGAUAUAGGAUGGACACUGCAUCCGACAACCUGAAGAGGACUAAGAGCAUAAUACAAGAGCGGAUUGAUCGUCAGCACGCGUGCAAAAAUUGCACAUUUUGCUUCGUUGCUUCAUCGCCCGGUGGAUGUUUAUGUCCAUGCAAACCCGGUGCAUCUAAUAAUUCCUUUCGGUAAUGUCGAAGUACGCUAUCGCUUGAUGGCGUAUGGCAAAUUGUGGUCGGAGAAUUGAAGUUCCUUUACUUAUUUAUUUUUAUAAUUCUUUUUGGAUUA